AUGUCAGACGCUUUGAUCAAUGGCCUGGCCGGUGCUGGUGGCGGCAUCAUCGCUCAGCUCGUAACCUAUCCACUCCAAACUGUGAAUACGCGGCAACAAACGGAUCGAGAUCCGGAGAAGCAGAAGAGAAGUCUUGGGACUAUAAAACAAAUGUCUCAGGUUGUGAAGCAAGAAGGAUGGGAUCGGCUGUAUGGAGGUUUAACUCCGUCCCUGGUCGGCACUGCUGCGUCUCAGGGUGUUUACUAUUAUUUCUAUCAAAUAUUCAGGAACAAGGCCGAAGCUGCUGCCCUUGAACGUAAGAAGAAAGGCUUUGGUGAUGGAUCAGUUGGAAUGUUCUCAUCACUUGUGGUGGCCGCUCUAUCUGGGUGUGUGAAUGUGCUGCUGACUAAUCCUAUCUGGGUAGUUGUGACUCGCAUGCAGACUCAUACAAAAAAGAGUUUACCGAAUCAUGGUGAAUCAAUAUCUUCGGAGACUGAAUCAUUAUCUUCCAAAGAAGUAGUUCUUGCUGCAGCAGAACUUCCUCCUUAUGGAACUAGCCAUGCGAUUCAUGAAAUUUACGGUGAAGCUGGAGUCUGGGGAUUUUGGAAAGGUGUUUUCCCGACAUUGAUCAUGGUGAGCAACCCUUCAAUACAAUUUAUGUUGUAUGAGACUCUCUUGAAAAAGCUGAAGAAACGACGAGCUUCAAGUGGAAAGGCUAACAACGACGUCACUGCUUUGGAGAUAUUUUUGCUUGGAGCGUUGGCAAAACUUGGAGCUACAGUCGUAACAUAUCCUCUCCUUGUUGUGAAGUCAAGACUUCAAGCAAAACAGGUAACUAACGGAGACAGAAGGCGUCAAUACAAAGGCACCUUAGAUGCUAUACUGAAGAUGAUAAGGUAUGAAGGGUUUUACGGUUUUUACAAGGGGAUGGGGACGAAGAUUGUACAAAGUGUUCUCGCGGCUGCUGUUCUUUUCAUGGUUAAGGAAGAACUUGUCCGUGGGACUGGGCGGGCUCGCAGAAGUUUUCUAUGUUCCGAAGCAGGAAUGUUUCUGCCAGAUUUCCAAUAA